AUUGUUAUCCUUGUAGGGCAAGACAUAUAUUAUUGGAUUAUUAUCCUGAGCAUUGACAGUUGUGCAUGUUUAUUAAUGUGAAUUAAAAAAAUUAAGGACUAUAUGCAGCAGACAGUUUUGAUGGCUGAUCAAGGAAAAUUUUAUACUCUACCUCAAUCUGAGCCCAUGCAACUCACUGUCAAUACAUCCCCAAAAACCUCAAACUCCCAAAUGAAUUGUAUUUCACAGAAAGUUCCUGUAGUGCAACCAGGAGGAACCAAAGUAAAAUCUAAAAUACAGUGUCUAAUUUGUAGCAAAACUUUUCACACAUCGCAUCAGUUUGAGAUUCACUAUAGGAAUCACACAGGUGAGAAACCAUUUAAAUGCAAGGAAUGUGAUGCCCAGUUUACAGGCAAAAAUCGGCUUGUGCUGCACAUCAGGAAGCAUACAGGUGAGCGUCCAUACAUGUGUGGCAUUUGUCAUCAGAAAUUCCAACAAACUGCCCAUCUCAAAGUUCACAUGAAAAAACAUUCAGCAGAGAAACCGUACAAGUGUUCUCAGUGUUCUAAGUGCUUCAAGCAUUGCCAGUCAUUAAAAAUUCAUAUUUUGGAACAUUCUGACAACUGGGAGUUCAAGUGCCAGGAAUGUGAUAAAUUAUUCACUACAUCUCUAAAGUUGAAGAAACAUAGUAAAGUUCAUUCAGGUGGUAAACUCUUUCAGUGUAAUAAGUGUAACAAGCAGUUCCGAGAUGCUGCAUAUGUUGCCAAACAUCAGUCAAUGUUCUGUGGUAAUGAUGGUUAUAAAAAAAGGUGGAAGAACAAUCGCAUCAUUUGUAAAUCAAAGAAGCGCGCCUGCACUGUACCUACUGAGAAUGGAGAAGAUGGCGUUUGUAAAGCGCCUAGGUCUCGUGGUAGACCACUUGGCUCAAGAAAUCGGAGGAACAGAAGAAGAAAAGCAAAAAUUGCUGUUGCCUCUGAGUCAGAUGUUGAGUUUGAGGACCUUUUGAAAGAGAGUAAGGAUGUUGUUGCCAGCAAUAACAGCAUUGCUCAUGAGUCUGCUGACAAGGUUUUCAAUACCAAUAAAGAUCCUCCAUUCAGUCUGGAUGAAAUAAUAAGUAACAAUGAUGAUAAUGACUCAUCUAUUGGUUACAUUGAUUUGUCUUUCAAAUCAAUUCAAAAUUCCUUAAAUUUUAAGCACAAUGAAGUAAAUAUCGUCACUGACUCAAUCCAGUCUCAGCGUAAAUAUCAUGACAAACCUGACACGAUCAAAUUAUCAAUUGCUGUGAAGAAAUCGGAAAUAGCCUCAACUUCCAAAGGAACGCACAAACAAGCUCUUAAUUCUCAAAUUAUCUCGUCACAACUCCCAAUUUCUCACUCCUCUUCAACGACUGUAGAAGAGAAAGCAAGCACCGCGGUGUACGCAACCUCUUGCUCCACUUCUGUGGUGAACGUGAUUUCCACCUCGUCCUUAGAGUCCGUUGGCGGAUCACGAGCUAUUGCUGCACAUGAAAUGGAAUCCAUGUCGUUACUGCAUCCUGUGAAUAAUCGUUAUGGCGCAGAAACUCGGUCUGCUGUCCAUAAUACAGCCAUUUCUCACAGACUGUCACAAGGUACAUCACGGCUAUGCAAUGCCGAACAGGCGAGCAACUCAGCCGUGCAGCAACAGAUAAAAUUUUCACCUCUACAACGCACACAGCAACAACAACAGUCAUUGAACAUGAUUGAUCAACCGUUACAGAACGAUGAUAAAAGUCAGGAACUGAGGGGAGUUUUCCCACAAUCAAUGCCCCAGCCGGACCAGCAGCAGGAGCUCACUCUCCACCCCUCCAAAAGUAGUCCACAACAGAGAGCGCUUCAGCAACUACAGUCGCACCAUACAGUGCGGCUGCAACAGCAUCAACAGCAAUCUCACCAUCAACAGCAACCACAACAUCCGCAGCACGAGAUGCUCAUCCAAAGUCACCACAAUCAUGCCGAUCAUUUGUUGCAGAAUUUGCCUCAAUCAUUAGCCGUAUCAUCCAAUGGACUCGUCGGGCUGCACAAGAGCGUACCCAGCUUGAGUGGACCUCAGUGUCAGCACAAGAGUCAGUCAUCAGCACAGCUGCAACCAAUGGUUCAAAUGACAGAUAAUAUGUUUGAAGAUCAUUCUGGCUCUGGUAAUCUUAACCAAGCCAACUUUGCCAAUUCAUAUCCUGUGCUGCCAACUUCGUCACAUGGACACAUCGAUUCGAAUUCUUUGAUGAACUACUCUUACUCUGAUAACGUCAAAGACUUCUUCAAUUUGUCAGUUCUAGCAGCUUCAUAUGACCCAAAUCUUCCCGUAGAUUUACAAGACAGUGCUCAAAAUUUGCCUAUAUCUCUUGAUUUAUCAGUACACAAUAAUUUACAGAAUUUGACUCAGAAUCCUCAAAAUCUGAGUAUCACCCACAACGUUAACAAUUUGCACCACUCGAUGUCUGCUGUCGCUGAAAGUAUCGGCGGAGCGCCGCAAAAUGUUACAAUUCCUCAAUCAUAUGACGUUCCUCAAAGUUUGGGUGUGGUUACGAACACCCUAAGACCGCCACCCCCGUUCUCUUCCCACUCUCACACUGACGCUUCUAUGCCGCACGAUCUUUCCCUUAUUCAUCAAAAUGCGUUUGCACAGAAUCUUAGCAAUGAAUCAGAUAACAACAGCGUUCAGAAUUACUCACGCUUGAAUGCGACUAGUAUGAUGCCGCAAAAUCUCAACAAUUUUGGUAUUCCUCAAAACCUUUGUUCAUUGCAAAACUCUAGUCCCAUGAUUCAGAAUAUAAGUUCUAUUCCUUCAAAUUCACAAAAAUUCAAUCUAAAUUCUCUUCCUCAAAAUCUAAGCACUAUGUCUGAUACUCUAGCACCUCUAGCUCUUAACAUUCCUCUACUUCAACACGAUUCGAUGCCCCAAAAUUUAACUGCUCAGAGAUUGUCUUCGUUAUCUCAUAAUUCGUCAAAUUUUCCAUUAUACUUACCUCAGUCUAUACCUCAGAACCUGAGUCUUCAAAACGAUUUUGCGGAAUCUUAUUCGAGCAAUUCUAAUAAUUUAAUGUUGUCUGCUACAGCACACGACCUGAGCACUCCGCAAAACCUCUCAAAUCAUACCAAUAUAAAUCACGUGCCUGGUACUGCCCAGCUCACUGACGAUUUACUUCAACCUCAAAAUCUUUCUCAAAGCCAUUCUUCACAACCUGAAAACCUUUCUUUGCCCCAGAAUUUAUCCUUGCAGUCUUCGGACAAGAAGAAUUCUUGUAUGUCGCAGCCGCAGAAUCUGUGUGUAACGAGUAAUGCCAUGGCAUCCAACAUCCUACAUAAGGGCAUUUCACUCCCUAGUGUUGCAUGCCAGGUAGCAUCGAUUAACCAGAAUUCUUUUCAAGGGCAAUCUUCUAUUUUGUCAAGUGUGGAUGGCGUAGACCGUUCUAUAAGCUCCGAAGAUAUCAGGAAUUCCGGAUCGUUGCACGGACGACUAGAUGGCUUACCCAUGAAUCUUAACACACCAAUACCUUCCAUUUUGUCUAACCCCUACAGCGCCCAUCUAAACUCAUCCGGUAAUAACAACCAGUUCAGCAUGCAACAAAGUCUUUCCAUACAAGCUUCUUAUAACAACAUUGACAUGGGAUUGACGUGUUCCAUGUCAGAAGAUCACAGCCAAAAGUUUGGUGUGCCCCAAAAUUUGUCUCACCCCGGCAAGCUUAAACAAUACAUAGAAGAUCUCUCGUGUCAUUCGAAGCUAAAUUCCACGCCUGAUAAUAUUCCUCAAAAUUUAUCCAUUGAUGCACAACCGCAUAAUCUUGCAUAGUUAAUGUCAGGGCUGAGCAAAUAAAUAUUUCGCCUUGCAAAUUCAACUGAUGCUCUAUUUCAGUGUCUCUUAAUUGGUCGUGCGUAUGUUGGUUAGGUAAUACAGAUAUUAACAUUAUCUAGGAAACCUCAAGAGUUACGUCUAGUGUCAAAGUCUUGUGAUAAGACGUUCAGACGUAGUCAAAAUAAGACGUUUGUCAAAAAUAAGAUGCAUAAUAUAUUGAAACACGAGUGCACUGAUUGUUUUUUCUGUACUGAGACAAUUAGUAUAAUUGUAACUAACCGAUUUCGUAUUAUAUUUGACAAGGAUUUCAAAUCGAUAGCUCGCGAGCUAUCGAUAUGAAUAUAAUCGUACUUGAUAAUUUCUUUCAUACAAUGUAUACAGCAAGUGCUUACUGGCUUAAAAUUUUGAUACUAAUGAUGAAUUGUAUUAAAUUCUUUGCGCUGGAAUGUUGAUCGCAUUCAAUCCAUUGAUUUCAAUCCAUCGCAUUCGGCGCCUUGAUUUCUUUGACUCGGAAUCAAACUUUUGCAUUACCAAUGUCGGAGACAAUGGAGUCCAAGAUACUGAGUGAUGAAAGCUCACGAUUGACAUGUACCUUGACUAACUGCCAUUAGUAUAAAAUUUCUAAUGUGUUCCAAUUCUUUUGUAUCUACAGUGAAUGUGAAGCCUACCGAUGUGACAUGAAAAAUUCAAAAUUUUUAUGCUCUACUAUGAAAAUUCGAUGUUGGCUUGGUAGUUUUACCUUCACCUGCAUAUAAAUUAUUGAGUUAGUCCUUAUUUUACGCUUGAAAUUUUCAUUUGUUAAAUGUGCAUAUACAUAUCGUCUACAAUACAAUAUCAUGUAUUAUCGAAUAAUUUGAAUAAUUGUAUCUUUAGUUGUUCAUCCACAAACCCUUGUGAUAUCGUUGCAUAGAGUAAGGUUGCAAAUAAAUUUGAGAA